AUGGUCGAGGGCAAACCCCAUGGAGGCGCUGUUGACUUGUGGGCGAUGGGUGUGUUAACGUACGAAUUUCUCGAGGGUGUUCCGCCGUUUGAAGAAUUAAGCGGUGCGAGCAUGACGUACAAGCGGAUUGCUGCCGUGGAUCUUCAUAUGCCAGAGCGGUUCAGCGAGGAGGCGAAGGACCUAGUUCGUUCUUUGCUUAGGUAUAAUCCCGCUGACCGUCUUCCCCUAUCAAAGGUCCUGCGCCAUCCGUGGAUUUCUCGACAUGACCCUACUGCAUAUGCUAGAGCGAGCCGCUAUGUGCGCAUGGAACCAUAG